CACAGAAUCACUCCCUAGCCUUCACAGACCGCGAUUCGCUAUAUAUAAGGAACCCAACGCAUGCUCUCGCUCACUACCAAACGGCAGCCAUGGCUCCAUUCAUAUUUUUCUUCCUGGUCGUCCUCCUUUCCUCCAUAGCCACCUUCUCCUCCUCUAAUAACCAGACCACCUACAUUGUCUUUAUGAACCCUUCUCUGAAACCCACUCCAAUAAAAUCCCAUUCGCUCUGGUACGCCACCGAUCUUCAAUCCCUCUCCAUAGAUCCUUCCCGCCACCUUCUCUACUCCUACUCCUCUCUCUUCCCAGCCUUUGCUGCCUCCUUCCUCCCCCACCAUCUCCCACUUCUUCACGCUCACCCCUCCGUCCUACUCGUCCUCCCUGACCCGCUCCUCCUUCCGCUGACCACCCGCACACCCCUAUUCCUCGGCCUCCCACCUUUUUCCCCACCCGUAACCUCCUCCCUUUCCUCCGAUGUCAUCAUCGGCGUCCUCGACACUGGCGUAUGGCCUGAAUCUCCCUUCUUCUCAGACUCUGGCCUCCCCCCUAUCCCCUCCCGAUGGCGCGGCCAAUGCGAGUCCUCCAUCGACUUCCUCCCUUCCCUAUGCAACCGCAAGCUCAUCGGCGCUCGCUCCUUCUCUCGCGGCUUCCAUGCCGCCGCUACCGGAGGAGAAUCCGAAAAUUUCUCUGCCCGUGACCAAGAUGGGCACGGCACACACACGGCAUCUACCGCCGCCGGUUCACUAGCCCUCAACGCCAGUCUCUUUGGCUACGCUCGCGGCACCGCACGCGGCAUGGCUCCCCUUGCACGCCUUGCGGCCUACAAGGUCUGCUGGUCCACUGGCUGCUACGGCUCCGACAUCCUUGCCGCCAUGGAGCAGGCCCUCGACGACGGCGUCGACGUCCUCUCCCUCUCCCUCGGCGGCAGCUCUGCUCCGUUCUCCCGCGACCCCAUCGCCGUCGGGGCCCUCGCUGCCGUUGCCCGCGGCGUCUUUAUCGCUUGCUCCGCCGGUAACUCUGGCCCCGCUCGCUCAACGCUCACUAACACCGCCCCUUGGAUCACCACCGUCGGUGCCGGAACACUUGACCGCGACUUCCCUGCUUAUGCUACUCUCGGCAACGGGAAGCGCUUCGCCGGCGUCUCCCUCUACAGCGGGAAUGGCAUGGGCGAGAAUCCUGCACCUGUCGUCUAUGGAAAAGGAUUUCAAUCCAAAGCCAAUAACAACAGCAAACUGUGCUUGUCCGGUAGUCUGGACCCGGCAGAAGUGAAAGGUAAAGUGGUUUUCUGCGACAGAGGAGUCAAUGCGAGGGUUGAGAAAGGGCAAGUGGUGAAGGAUGCCGGAGGAGUUGGAAUGAUACUGGCUAAUACUGCGGCUAAUGGGGAGGAAUUGAUUGCCGACAGCCACUUGCUGCCGGUGGUGGCAUUGGGAUUGGGAGAAGGAGAUAAAGUUAGGAAAUAUGCGACUUCGGUUUCGAAUCCAACGGCUUUGCUUUCUUUUGGUGGAACGGUGGUAGACAUCAGGCCGUCGCCGGUGGUGGCUGCUUUCAGUUCGAGGGGACCGAACACGGUUGUACCAGAUAUUCUGAAACCGGAUUUGAUCGGACCAGGGGUGAACAUAUUGGCUGGAUGGUCCGGAUCGAUUGGGCCUACCGGGUUGGAAAAUGAUGGGAGGAGAUCGGAAUUCAAUAUCUUGUCCGGAACAUCCAUGUCAUGCCCACACAUCAGUGGCAUUGCUGCUCUGCUGAAGUCUGCGCAUCCUUUCUGGAGUCCUAGUGCCAUCAAGUCUGCACUGAUGACCACUGCCUAUGUUAUGGAUAAUACAGGAUCUAGCCUAGUUGAUGCUGAUGGUUCCAUUGCCACUCCACUAGCAUAUGGAUCCGGCUAUGUUAAUCCACAGAAGGCCCUCAACCCAGGCCUCAUAUAUGAUAUUAAACUUGAUGACUACAUUGCCUUCCUUUGCUCCAUUGAACCCAACCUACAGCUCAUUCAAUCCAUCACCAAAAGAUCAAAUAUUACAUGUUCUAGAAAACUAGCAAACCAUGGCAACCUCAACUACCCUUCAUUCUCCAUAGUUUUCAGUCCCAAAUCCGGGAAAGCAGUUAAAUACACUCGUGUGGUGACCAAUGUUGGCCCGACAGGAUCUGUUUACAGCGUCGAGAUCGACAGACCAGCUUCUGUUGGAGUGAAGGUGAAGCCAGCAAAGCUUGUUUUUAGGCAGGAAGGGCAAAAAUUGAAAUAUACUGUGACCUUCACUUCGAAGAUAGGAAAAGGCAGUGAAGCAGAGAUGAAGUUUGGUUCAAUUACAUGGAGUGAUGGAGAACAUCAAGUAAGAAGUCCCAUCUCUUAUGCCUGGAGCUUGUUCUAAGAGUUGGACCUUGGCUUUAUUGUUUAUCAAGCAGCUGCUAUCUAGAUCGAUUUUUGUUCUGGCUUUUUCCAUUCGAAGAAUAUUGAAAAUAAGGUUUCUCAUAAUAAUUGUAAGCUCUUUCUUUUUCCUUUUUUUUUGCACAUAGAUGAUGUUGAGGCCUUUGAAUUAUGUGGUUUACAGCAGCUACUGAAAUGGGGAAUUUAUGAAUUUAUUGUUGUGCACUAGAUUGAAUAUGGAUGUGGUUGGCCUGCCUGGGAUGUGUCAUCUACUCACAGUUGGAUCUUGUCCCGCUGAGAAUAUUGGGAAAAACGUCACAAGUUAAAUAUUAUCAGGAUGUAAGACAUUUUCUUAGCUGCAAGGCAAUUCUUUAUAUCUGGCAUGUUAGUAUCGUCUUGUAAAAAUUAAAGAUAUAAUUAUAUUAGUUGUUGCCUUAAUUCCUUUAUGAUAUA